UUCAAAACGUUCGGAAAAAUUGGCUGUUGUUACUAUAGACAGGCUAGCGCAGCGAACAUACUUAUCUGAUGAGCCAAGCAGACCGACGCGAAGGUCGUUGGUUGUCCUAAGUACCAUAAUAAAACACCAGACGACAGCGUAUGUAUAUAUGCACACACGAAAGUGAAAACCAUCUAAAUCCAAACCAUAAAAAUCCGGAAAAAAAAAAAAAAAGGUAGAAAGAGCAAAGGGCAAGUGGCGGAGGUUGAAGUAGAAGAAUGAAAUUAACAGGAUUACUUGCCAGCGAGGUUUUGAUUUUGAGUCCUCGCACUUCAACUCUUCCUCUCUCGUUCAGAACCUUCCAUUCAUUCUCCUUAUCUUCUUCUUGCUUUCUCAAAAGAUGUUCGUCGUUCUGCAUUACGAAGCUAGGAAAUGGAGCCGAAAAGUGCCGAGGAAGAGCCGUAAGUGUCAGAGCAGUGUCAGGGGAUUCGAGUGGUGAUUUGGUGCCAAUUGCUCCUCUUCGCUUUGAAUCUCCUGUCGGUCAGCUUUUGGCGCAGAUUUUGCGGACGCAUCCGCAUUUACUUCCAGCCGCUAUAGAUCAGCAGCUUGACAACCUUCAAAAUGAUAAAGAUAUUCAGAGAGAAGAUGCUUCUUUUGAGGAUCUUCUCUACAAGAGAAUAGCUGAAGUCAAAGAGAAAGAAAGACGGAAAGCAUUGGAGGAAAUAAUAUACUGCUGGAUUGUGCAGAAAUUUGUUGAAAAUGACAUUUCAAUGAUUCCUAGGAUAACAGCAACCUCUGAUCCUGUUGGACGGGUAGAUUUUUGGCCAAACCAAGAACACAAACUAGAAUCUGUUCAUUCUCCUGAAGCAUUUGAGAUGAUACAAAGCCACUUGUCUCUAGUACUUGGGGAGCGCAUGGUCGGUCCCCUUGAUACCAUUGUUGAGAUUAGUAAAAUUAAACUUGGAAAGUUGUAUGCUGCUUCUAUAAUGUAUGGAUACUUCCUUAGAAGAGUUGAUCAAAGAUUUCAACUGGAGAGAACUAUGAAUACACUGCCUGAGGGUUUCGAUGAAGACAGGGCAAGAUAUGAAGAUCCAUCUCCAGGGAACCAGCUUUGGGAUCCAGAUUCCUUGAUCAAAAUCCAACCUGAUGGUGAUGGUGAUAGUGAUAUUGGAGGGUUCAUGGAUGACAGUGACAGCAAAUCAUAUAGGCUGAGAUCCUACGUAAUGUAUUUAGAUGCAGAGACACUUCAAAGAUAUGCAACCAUAAGGUCCAAGGAAGCUAUUUUAAUUAUUGAAAAGCAAACUCAAGCCCUGUUUGGGAGACCCGAUAUCAGAAUUCUUGAAGAUGGUUCUAUCGACACAUCUAACGAUGAAGCGUUAGCACUCACAUUUUCUGGAUUAACUAUGCUAGUUCUGGAGGCAGUAGCAUUUGGAUCUUUCCUAUGGGAUGCAGAAACUUAUGUUGAAUCAAAAUACCCGUUCGUUAAAGGCUAAUGAUGGUAUGUAGAUUGUAGUCUAAAUGUUUCUUUUUUAAAGGUUGUCUUGUGAUAUAAACAGUGACGUGCCUCAUCCAUACAAAUCCUUUUAGGCAAGCAUAGCAUGAGAAAGCCCAAAAAAGGUACAAGCACAGGAUGAAAAUAAAAUAUAUAAAAAAAAAGAAGUCGUCUCUGUAUUGUAAUAGUAGAAUUUGCUGGUGCAAUUUUGUUCUUUUAUUAGAUUUACCAGCUUUUUAAUGUGUCCAACAUCAGAGCUACCUUGAAAGAAUACAAAAGAUGU